AUGCCCAACUCCAGCCCCGCCAUCGUUCUGCUCCACGGCGCUUUUCACACCCCCGUCCACUACGCGGAAUUCACCGCCGCCCUCAGGUCCAAGGGCCAUAAAGUCCAUGUUCCCCGUUUGCCCUCCAUGAACGGUGCCCGUCCUCCCAAUGCAGACCUGUACUCCGACACGGAGUUCGUCCGCAGCUAUGUGGAAAGCCUCGUCGAAGCCGGCCGGGAGGUCGUGGUGUUCAUGCACUCCUACGGCGGCCUGGUCGGCACCAAUGCUUUGGUGGGUCUAGGCGCCGAGACCCGAACGCAACAGGGCCGGCCGGGCGGGGUCGUCCUGUUCAUCUUCCUGUCAGCCUUCGCAGUCAGGGAGAAGACCUCCAUGAUGAGCAUCGUGAGGCUUUUCGGACAUGAGGAUCUGAUGCCCCUGGCGUUCGAUAUCGCCGAGGAUGGCAGUACGACCAGUCAUGACCCGAAAGCAUUGAUUAUUGGACCUGGUCGGUCGGCUGAGGAGACCGAUGCUUACAUUGCGGCUAUGCAGCGUUGGAACGGGAAGGCCAUGUAUCAGGAUGCGGAACGGUGUGCGUGGCGGGAGAUCCCCGUGGUGUAUAUCUAUGCCACGGAGGAUCUGACCGUGCCUAUGGACUAUCAGAAGUGGUUUGUGGAGAAGAUGCGGGAGGAGGGUAGAGAGGUCGAGACGUUUGCGGUGGAGACGGGGCAUUGUCCUACUUUUACCAAGUUUGAGGAGACGGCGAAGAUCGUGGAUGCUGCUGUGAGGCGGCUUUGA